GCGCUGCGUCUGCUGUCAAUCUCGUCAUCAUCUAAAAAAUUCCGAAAGUUGUUUUGUUGUGAAACAAGAUAAGAAUAGUGGAUUAUAAACAUCCUAAACAUUUCGUCGAACGAUUUAGUGUGCUUAAAAUGCCAUAAUCCACACUGGAUUCCUAUGUGAAACAGUGCCAGAUGUGUAGAAAGUGUUAUGGGCGUACGUUUGAAAAGAAAACCAAAUUAGAGUCUAUUUGGAAAAAAUAUGUGUUCCUCCUCGGUUUUAUCGUUCUUUAGCCAAUGGCGGUUGUGGAUUAGGCCGUUCCUAAUAGCACUUUACGUUAUACUUAUCAUAGUGUUAGUGCCGAUACUUAUAGCGCAUUCGAUAAACAAUGGCUUCAAGAAGUCGGACCAAGGUGCUCUGGUCGGCGGAGGGUUUGUCCUUCUUGCUCUACCCAUCUCAAUCUGGCAGAUAACUCAGCACAUAGUCCAUUACAACAAGCCAAGUUUGCAGAAACACAUCAUUAGAAUAUUAUGGAUGGUGCCAAUUUAUGCAUUAAAUGCGUGGAUAGGCCUGGAGUUCCCUGAACAGUCUAUUUAUGUAGACUCUCUGAGAGAAUGCUAUGAGGCAUAUGUGAUUUACAACUUUAUGAAGUAUUUGUUGAACUAUCUCAAUGAGGAUCAAGAUCUGGAGGCUUUGUUGGAAACUAAACCUCAAGUCUACCACAUAUUUCCAUUAUGCUGUUUGACACCAUGGGAAAUGGGAAGUGAAUUUGUCCACAACUGUAAACAUGGUAUUCUGCAGUAUACUCUGGUCCGUCCAAUCACCACAGUGAUAUCAGUCAUCUGCGAGCUGUGUGGUGUUUACGGGGAGAGUGACUUCAGCCCCAACGUGGCCUUCCCUUACAUGAUUGCCAUCAAUAAUCUAUCACAGUUUGUAGCUAUGUACUGCCUGGUGCUGUUCUAUAGAGCCAACAGAGCAGAACUGAAGCCAAUGAAACCAAUUGGAAAGUUUCUUUGUAUAAAAGCCGUUGUCUUCUUUUCCUUCUUUCAAGGUGUGAUAAUUAAUAUCUUAGUAUACUGUGGAGUGAUAUCUACUAUAUUUGAUAUAUCUGACUCUGACAAAAUAAAGAUUAUAUCUUCUAAGCUACAGGAUUUUCUCAUUUGCAUUGAGAUGUUCUUGGCGGCGAUAGCACAUCACUACAGUUUCUCGUACAAACCAUUCGUGUCGCCGAUGGACUCGUCUCCGUCGUGUCUCGGGUCCUUCCUUGCGAUGUGGGACGUGUCAGAUGUCAAACGAGACAUAUCGGAGCACCUCGGUGUAGUCGGAAGUUCAUUCAGCAGAAGACUACGCGGAAAAUCGAUGUAUCAUAUGGCGCGGGGAUACGACGAAAAUUCAAGAUUGAUGAGUGAUCCACAACCGGUAGCUUCGAGCUCGGCGCCUAACUUAACAGCGGAGAACCCUCCGCCGGUUGAGAUCAGACCCAGUACCUACGGCUCUAUAGACACCACAGCCACUCUCGGCUCCACUAACUCUGAGACAGAACCUCUCAUAGACACCAAGAGAGACGACCCAGCCGCGUGAAUAAGCUUGUGAUAUAUUGGUCCCGAUCCCAACAGACACCUAAUUUUAUUUUAAAUUAUACCCGACAUUUUCUUAUCCACAGAAAAAGAAAGGGACUGAUGAUUGACAACCGUUCAAUUUAAAAAGAAUGAGUGAAUGAACGAAUAACCCGGGCGAAUCA